GAUCGCGCCCGCGGAGACGAUCUUUGACAUAUGGACCGUAUGGGGAUCGACUUUUCUGGCUUUUUGGAUUGAUUUGCCGGGGAGGCGAAAAAAUGUGGAAAAGUCAGGUUGCAUUUAAGGAAGGGAGUUGCUUAUUAUUGCGAUUGCAUCCCUUCGUGGGUCACGCGUGAUGCAGGGACACGAACGAGGGGAGGGCAAUUCGCCAUUUUUCAGGAAAAAGGAAAUACCUUCACGAAUGCAUGGCGUGGAUCUAUUUUGCAUUGGCACUCCAUAUGUACCUACUCUAAAAGUGCUGGGGACUAUACCAAAUAGCAAACGAGGGGCGGUUAAAAGUUAUUUUUGUGGAAUGUGUGAGCAAAUAAAUGUGCUUUACUGUAAUUAUUUGGCUAUAGAAUACAUGUUUUGACAACAUGGGAAUUGAUGUUGCACGCAGACGUCAUCCUGCAACAGGUGCCUCGCACUGGGGAUAGCGAAUGCCCGUCUGCUCAUUCCAUCAGCUUGUGUGGAGGGUCAAAUGGUUCCCAUGGUUACCAAGAUAAGGUCUCAGGAAGAGAUGUGUGCAUGGAGACACAAAGUCUAAGUUAAAACGCAGGAUGUGUCAACAGUGUCAUCGCUUAUUGAAACGUGCAACACUUGCAGUGUGAAUGGUUCUGCUUUAAAGCGCCAUUCCGGUAACGGCAGGCGCACAAAAGGCCCCGGGGCGGGCUAUGGUGUUAUCCAAAGGCGUACUUCUAACCCAGUAAUCUUAUAUCGCUGGAUGUGUGGCAUGGUUGACACGUCCCCAUCCUCAUUGGCCACGCUCGGAGACUAUGUUGUGACAACAACGGGUGUUUAACUGCUCUGUGAUCUGCGCCAACACAACGUAUACACUAAAGAGGGAGGGGCCGACCCACAUGUUUACACACAUGUACACAAACACACUUACACUAUCUCACUAAAGUGAGUACAGCCCUCAUAGAUUUGCAGCCCUGCUAAAGUACGGCAAUACAAGGGAGUAGCAAGGUAAAUGCGUCUGGCCUACAGUUAGGCACGGUGAUGAAAGCGUGCUCGAGUGCUGCUGGCACCAGAUGAGCUGCGGUUCUUUGAGGCAUAACAUGAAUUCCAGCAUGCUACGUUCUUAUACCUACUAUCGCUAUCGUGGUACUCAGUGGGCUAAAUCUGGGGCCCUCAGUACUUUUAUUUCUGUACAAGCUGUACACUGACUACUCUCAAGGAUGUCUAGUUUAUUUCCCAUUGGUGGGUUGCAAACCAGGUUGUAGGUGGUGGGCAAAAGUCCCAAAAGUACGUAAUAAUUUUGGGCUCCUACCGAAAUAAGGCAGGCAGCGAUACGCACUUAAUGGAAAUGCCCCCUCCGUUACUUGACACACGCCUCGAAGCCUCGGCACAUUUGGUCCCAUCACUACUUGGAACAGCAGGGCAAAGCGGCAUUUUUUUUUUUACCUCAAAUUCUUUAUGUACUAACGCGUUUCCUUUAUUUAUCACGAGGCUCGAGCUUGUUUUGCCCUCCAUUUGCAUUACACCGCAACGAAUGAAAUCUAAUCAAGUCAGGGAAAUUACAAAAGCACGUCGAGGGAAAUGGCUCUCAAACAUGCCGCUUUCAUUUGGCGCAGUACAGUCGGACAGUGCUCGUGUUUGCAGCAAUCACUUUGUAAAAGCAAGCGUCUGGUGGUGGUGGUCCCCAACGAGAACUCCUACACGACGGUGCGACGGGCCUACACUAGCGAGGAUGAGGCGUGGCGGACGUACCUGGAAAACCCGCUGACGGCCGCCACCAAGGCUAUGAUGAGCAUCAACGGCGAUGAGGACAGCGCCAACGCCUUGGGCCUUCUCUACGACUACUACAAGGUCCCCAAAGAAAAGAGAGUGCUAUCUGCUCCCAAAGUUGGAGAAAUAACAGACGAACAGGAAAAAAGGACUAUUUUGCCUAGCGGUGGUGAUGUGGAGACCUUGGACAACCGCGUCCAGGUCCUCAAGACCGUCCCCGUCAACUUGUCGCUCAACACGGAGCAACCCGACGCCAAACGCGAGCAGUUUGCCGGAGAAGGAGGCGCGGCCCCUGUGGCCCUGGUGAAGGCCGAGGCGUACGCCCCGGUCUACGUGGCCGGUGCUGGGCUGCACUACCGCACAGACGGGGAGGAGCCGGCGAGGGUGGUCUACGAGCAGAGCCCUUACGAGGUGACCACCGUCAGUCACAGCGCCUACGCGAAGGAGGACAAGCAGAGUCCGCCGGACAGCCCCUUUGACGAGGACAGGGACGUGAAGUACCGCACGCCUUCUUCUCUAGCUUCAGACGACUUUUUAUUCCAGCAGGAGAGAGUUGACAGCUUCCAGUACACGCUGGAUGCCACGCGCUCGCUGCGCCAGAAGCAGGGCGAGGGCCCCAUGACGUACCUGAACAAGGGCCAGUUCUAUGCCGUGACGCUCAACGAGCUCAGCGCCAACAACCGCCUGCGUCACCCCAUUAGCAAAGUUCGGAGCGUGAUCAUGGUGGUGUUCAGCGAGGACAAGAACCGGGACGAGCAGCUUAAAUACUGGAAGUACUGGCACUCUCGGCAGCACACAGCCAAGCAGAGGGUCCUGGACAUCGCCGAUUACAAGGAGAGCUUCAACACGAUAAGCAACAUCGAGGAAAUAGCCUACAACGCCAUCUCCUUCACCUGGGACGUCAACGAAGAGGCAAAGAUCUUCAUCACGGUCAACUGCCUGAGCACGGACUUCUCGUCGCAGAAAGGCGUCAAGGGUCUUCCUCUGAUGAUCCAGAUCGACACGUACAGCUACAACAACCGCAGCAACAAGCCGCUGCACAGGGCCUACUCGCAGAUCAAGGUUUUCUGUGAUAAGGCAACUGAGCGCAAGAUAAGAGACGAGGAGAGAAAAUUGCUGCGCAAGAAGUCGAAAGGUAAAGAUGGAGGUGUGAUAACAGUCCCCAAAAAAUCAGACGUAACAUAUUUCAAGAUUAUGACUGACUUGGAAGCACAGCCCGUCCUCUUCAUCCCUGACGUCCACUUUGGCAACCUGCAGAGGGCCGGACAGGUGUUCACCUUCAACGCAGAAGAGAUUGAGCGAGAAGGGAGCGUGCUGGUGAAGAGGAUGUUCAGGCCGUCGGAUGAAGACUUGUGUCCGUCGCCGCAGAAACAGAUCAAGGAGGAGGCGCACAAGAGAGUGCUGUUGUACGUCCGCAAAGAGACGGACGAAGUGUUUGACGCGUUGAUGCUCAAGUCUCCAACACUCCACGGCCUCCUGGAUGCGAUAUCGGAGAAAUACGGAGUGGUAGCCGAAAAGAUCGCCAAAGUGUACAAGAAAAGCAAAAAAGGCAUCCUGGUCAACAUGGACGACAACAUCAUUGAGCAUUAUUCCAACGAGGACACCUUCAUCCUGCACAUGGAGAGCCACGCCGACGCCUACAAGGUGACGCUGACGGAGAUAUGACAGCGGGAAAAAAAGGGGCAACCACUUCCUUUAACAUCCAAAAAGACUGCCGGUGAUUGGCUGACAUUGUGCUCUGGUGGGGAACUGUUACAUUGGUCCUGAAAGGCAGAAAUAUCAAAGCACAGAUUCAAGGAUCCACUCCAUUUCCACUCCUUUUGUUUUGACUGUAUGAAAUGUGUUAUUGUGUACAUAUUUGAUUUGUAUUGGCCAUCAGGAGUGAGAGGAUGCCUGAUGAAAACUGUCUUUGCAAUAGUUUGAACUCAUUCCUAAUUAUCAGCUUAGUUUGUAUGUCUGCCUUUAUAUUUGUUUGGUUUUAUAGCUGUUUUAUUAUUUAUUGAUGCUUUGCAGUAUAUCCAUCGAUUUCAAGUUCUUUACAUUUCAGUGACUUAACAGUAAGUUAACGUCCACAGGAGCAUUCCUGUGGAAAAAAAAAAAAGCUUUUGUAUAGCAGAUUUUACCAUACACGUCACCACCAGUAUUGGCAAUUAACUCCAUGAAUACUUUUAAGCAUCUUUUAAUGGCACUCACAUUUUCCUGGAUCUUAUGAACUAAUAAUAAACAGUGCCAUGGGUAAAAAAAAAAAAACGUUUACAUUAUUGCACUUACACUAUCUGAUCUCAGAAAGAAAAAGAACGUCAAGAUGGUUACUCGGCUUGGUGUAAGUGUGCGCUGGUUGUAAAGAUACCUUGACUUAAGAGUGCCCCGACUUGAGAGUGUUUUGAGAUAAGAGCUGUUUCCCGGGUUGAAAAUAAAUGUCGGAACUUAACUACA